AGGCUGAUUUCUAUCAUUAGAUUUGGGUCGGUUUUGCCUGGAAAAACCACGGAAGUGAGUGUGAAAUGUCUCUUCUUCCAUAUCAUUUCAAAUCUUCGUGCUAUUGCCGUCUACUUAUUUGUUACUUUGCAUGUCAAAAGUAAUAUCACUGUCUAAAAAAUUACCCUGUUAUACUGUACGUAUUUAACUGACUGGAAUUUGACUUUGAGGUGUUUUGAUUAAGCUAUGUUGGGUUGUAAAUACUUUUCUCAUGAACCCAAAUACUCAGCUCUUUGUUUGUAAUUGGUGUGCAACCUUCCAUCUGCGAAGUAGGAGUUUGCAAAUUAAUCAACAGCGUUUCGAGUUCCACCCGUCUCAUUGGCAACCACAGAAAUAUAUCAAACGAUCAUUGCUGAGUAAUUUCCGUGAAUAAAACCCACAUCUUGUUCCGAUGCUAAUCAAAUAUUCCACUGCUUGACAAUAACAGCUAUGUUCUUAAGCUAAAUGUUAAAAUGAAGGCAUAACAUUCAUAAAUGAAUUCAACAUUCAAUAGAAUAAACUAUUUAUAAAAAUCUAUGUUUAAUUCAAACUGCAACAUUGCUGACAAGGAGAGCUUCUGCAGUUUAAAAAUUCGUCAAAAUUGAACAUUUGAGUAGCAGAAACAGGUGGUAACAAAAAAUGUCCCAUGUAUGGGAUGAAAUAAAGUUCUUAUCUUAUCUUAUCUUACAAUCUGGCUUUGAAGAUUGCAUAAUGAAGGUGUGUGGUUUGCUACAUAUCCUCCAAAACGUUUCACUCUUGAUGUUUGAUUAUCAAUAGCAAUGUAUACUUUUAUAUUAUUGUAUAAAAGUAACAUUUUGUUUUCAAUGCACCCUCCAAAUGCUCUAUUUCAACGCUUUACAAUACAAGUGUGGACACAGACCUGCCACCAUUACAUACAGUGUUUUUGAUCUGUAGUUGUCAUUAUGAAUAACAAUAAUAUAAUGCUUCUGUUGUAUGUGCGAAGGGGCUCUACUUUAGAACAAAAAGGCUGUGAUCCGCGUUAACAUUAUGUACAACUGUAUGAAUUGAGGCUCUUUAGAACUAGGCCUCAUUCAGCCAUCCCAUAAUGCCCGGGUUCAAGGCCACCAUCCUUUAUUGUUUCAUGGAUCAAGAAGUGAAGCAGGCCACCCCAUAUCUGGGAGAUCUUCCAGUAUUGAGGAUGUUUAAAACAAGACAUCCAAUUCCACUACUGCAAAAUAUAAUCAAAACUUUUUUUUCUUAAACCAACGGUUGGUAGGACCAUGAUCAUUUGGUGACGCAGAAGCUAGAAAGCCACUUUCCAGUUGCCCUCUAGCUUCUUCGUCACCAAAAUAUAAUCAUGAGCGUGAGGAAAGCCGAGUUACGUCACGUCUCGUAGGCUAGAUGAUGGGAUUCCAUCUCUGCUGUUCUUAAUCUCCAGCUGCGCAAGGCACAGGUGCCUUCGGCUGUACUCCGGGUACCAACGCUAAGAUGCCAACUUUAGUUCUGCAGACAAGCAGGCUGCCGUUGAUACUCAUAUGGACUAUGUACUUUAAUGGACUUGUGAUCGCUUUGGAUGCCUCUUUCCAUUGCAAUAAAGGACAACGAGUAGCUAGUCGGGCUAAAGAAAUGUGUGAACCAUGCAGUGAAGGUUAUUAUCAGCCUGAAGCCAGUGAUUCCGUAUUCUGUGAGGUUUGCACAAAUUGCGAUGAAAAACGAGGGAGUAAAGAAGAAAGCCCGUGCACCCUCACUGCGAACAGAGUAUGCCGCUGCCUUAAAGGGUUCAGUCCCAGUGAGGAUGACUCUGCCACUUGCAAAUGUGAAAUAGGUUCCGGGAAACCGAUGGACGGUCAUGAAGAGUGUCGAGAAUGUAGAGAAGGCUAUUUCUCCAACAGAAUUGAUUCAGAUUGCAGGCCAUGGACGAAAUGUACAGACAACAAAGUGCGGAUCAAUGGCAGCAAGAUAUCAGAUGUUGUCUGCCAUGACCAUUUGCCUCCUAUCACAAUGACCCCUGGGUUGAAGACCGAGACCACCUCCUUGAGGACACUCCAUACGUCCCCGCCUCCAGAAAUCAGCACACCCACAGCGUUACCUCAUCAGAAGGCACCUGCCAAUAACACGCCGGCUGCAGUCCACAACAGAAAAAACCAUGGUGUGAAUUUAACCUGUUCUGUCCUGUUGGGUAUUCGAGAAGCCCCGUGUGCACUUUUCAGGGAUGAUGUCAUUGAGGCUGUGUUGUUCUUCCUUCUCACAGUCAUUGGGGGGCUCAUUGUUGGAGUCGUUGUUGGACUGCUUAUACUGACUGCUGUGGCAAUUAGAUGCAGAGCGAAAGAGGACCCAGCGUGUAAAAGCCCCAUCAAAGAAACCCAGCAAGAAAAAUUUCAUUUAAUGGACACAGUAUAGACUUCUAUACGUAGCUCAGAUGGCUGGGCUGAACUUUGGUUAUAGUGGAACCUUUUCAAACGUCUAGGCUUAGCCUAGAGCCACCUCUUCAACGACUAAGAACAAACGUCUAUUAACCGUCCAUAUGUCAUCCAAGCUAAAUUAUAGCUAAUUUGGGCUAUCAGUGAUAGCAAAACAAACUUCUAGGCUUUGCCUAGCCUUCAGUAAGACAUUUCUAUGAUUCAUAUGGACAUCUGAAAGCCAUCUAUACAAUGUCAAGGCCAUAUCACGGUUCAUGUUUACCUGAGAUUUACACAUAUUUGUAUUAAUUAAUAUAGAUCUAUUUUCUGCCUAAAUCUACAACAACUUUUACAAAAAAUGUAAUAUUCAAAUAAAUUGUAACCUCAUUG